AUGGUUCUAUCAGACGAGGAAUAUAUCGCCGAAAGUCGGGAUCCAACGCCGGAACCGACCACGGAAAUUAUCGAGCAGUGUUGGUUUUUUCAAACUUUUUUUAAAAAAACUAAUUUGGAUUUUUUUGUGGGGGGAAGAUUCAAAAUCAAUGGAAGCACUGAAAGACUCGUUUUUUUGAAAAAUAAUUAAGAUCAAUUUUUCUUUAGAACCUUCUCCAAAUACAUCAUUCACACUAAAAAUUUUUCUCAGAACCCUCAAAAAAACUGUGUGAAUUUUCGAUAUUUUGAGCAUCCAAAUCAAUUUUUAAAAAUAAAAAAAGUCGUCUCCAAAAAAAUUUUUAAAGCUUCUUUUUUUGAAAAUAAUUAAGAUCAAUUUUUCUUUAGAACCUUCUCCAAAUACAUCAUUCACACUAAAAUUUUUUCUCAGAACCCUCAAAAAAACUGUGUGAAUUUUUCGAUAUUUUGAGCAUCCAAAUCAAUUUUUAAAAUAAAAAAAGUCGUCUCCUGAAAAAAAUUUUUAAAGCUUCUUCACAAUUUUUCUUCAUAAAAAAACGUGAUUUUUUUCAAGGAAGAAUUAUGGAUUUUUUUCGGAAUCAUACUACAUUCAAAAAAACCAAGAAAUCGUUUCUUGAAGGAUUUCUUUUUCUUCAUAAAGUUCGAAAAAAAUUUGAUUUGAAAAAUUUUUUAAACUUUUAAAACUCGGAAAAUAGCUUCUUAAAGACAUUUCUAGCAUAUUUUUUCCUUUUUUUAGUAUUUUUGGGCAUCAAAUCUAACUUUUAAAACCAACAAGGACCCAAAAAAAGUCGAUUUUUAAUGAAGUUAUAGCAAAUUUUUCUUUAUGGCUUUUUUUCUAGAAAUUUAUAAUUUCCAUUAAAAAAAGCCCAAUUUAACAGUCAGAAGCUCAUAAUUUUUAUCUCAAAAAUUUCAGAAUUUUUCUAAACCAAUAUGUCAUUCAGUACAAAGUCAACGCAAUGAGAAGCCGGCGAAUUUUUUUUUUUGCCUAAUGAAAAAGCGAACACCUGGGCGGGUCAAUAUUUGUGCAGGGCAGCGACAUUAUGACGCAUUUAUCAGCAAGGAAAAAAAAAGGAAUUCUUAUCGCAAAUUCCCACGCUCUCCCCGCUUAUCUUAUCUUCAGUGCCACGCCGUUUCCGCCGCUUUUUUUCGACUUUUUGAUACUUUUCCAGCUUUUCCUAUUGAAAAACUGUUCAAAACCCUUUCUUAUCGUAUUUAAAGACUCAGGAAGCUUUCAUGACUUCAAAUAACUCCAAAAAUGAAUUUUCGUCUCAAGACCUUUUUGAAAAUUCGCCAUGCGCCUUUAAAAAUUUUGAGAUUAAUAUUUCAAAAAGCUAUAUCAUGUUUUUUCUCAAUUUUUUAUUGUGAUUAUCAUUUAAAAAAAUUUAAAUUUCCUGACUUUUUGCUGGGAUUUUUAAAGGAGCAUGUUCUAAUUUCCGAAAAAAAUCCCAUGACGAAAAGCAUUUUUCGUCUUUAUUUUAGCUGUCUAAGGCUUCUGAGCCUUCAAAAAAAUUCAUGAAAGUGUUUAAAAAAACGGUUUUUUUCAGCUCCUUUUUAUUCCUACACAAUGUUUCUGAUGCUUCAAAAAAAUCAAAAAAAAAUUUUUUUCUGAUUCCGAUGCUCCAAUUUACAGCGAUGGAACCGCCGCAAGUCCCUCAAGGGAUCCUGAAAAAACGGCUCGAAGCGAUCGGCGAAGAAGGUAUGAGGAAAUUUUUCGAAUUCUAGAAAGUUUAAAAUCCUCGUUCCCAGUCGCGGAAAAACAAAGUAAAAAGUUUAAAAAAAUCGGAUUUAUCAAAUUUUGGAAACAGGGAAGUGCGAUUAUCACACUUUUCAUCCGAAAAAUCUUUGGAAUUCAAUUGAAACUAGGAAAAAACAUGCUGAAAAUUAACGAAAAACAUAUUUUUUUCAAAUUUGUCAAAGUCAAUAACUUCUACAUAAUCUGAAAUGAAAACUGAAGAAAAAUCACAAAUUUCAGGAGAAAAUGGCGGUUUGAAAGGCGAAGUAAUUAAAGAGGAACGCGUGCCGGACAUGCAACUUGGCAGUGAGUUUUUUUUUUUAAUUGAAAAGUUUCUAACAAUUUCUGAACAAUUUAUGAAAACUUGAAGGUUGCAGCAUGGUGAAUUUUCGAUCGGAAAUCAAAAAAUUCCAUUUCAACAAGUAAAACAACAAAAUAAAUUUCAAAACCUGUUCAAAAAUAGAUUUAAAGGCCCGAUUUUUCGUUUUUUUCUACUGAAAUAAACUCGACUUGAAUUAUUAAAAUUAAUAAAAAAAUGAUAUUUCAUCUCAAAAAAAGCUUUCUUAAGAAUUUUCGAACAGAACACGAACGAACAUAACAGCUUUGAACAUAGAAAUCACAACAAAAAAACUGAAAAAAAUAGCAAAUUAAACAAGUUUUUUUAACACAAAAAAACGACUUGAAAAAAAUUAAAUUUUUCAUGAAAAAAAUCAAUAUUCCCUAUUGGAAAAAAAUCUGUAAGAAUUUUUUUAUCAAAAAAAUGGAUGAAUAUAACAGCUUUGAACAUAGAAAUCACAACAGAAACUGAAAAAAUAGCAAAUUAAACAAUUUUCGAACACUGAAAAUGACUUGAAAUAUUAUAUUUUCAUGAAAAAAUUAUAUUCCCUUUUGAAAAAAACCGUUUUAAGAAUUUUUUAACAGGAUACGAAUAAAUUUAACAGCUUUGAACAUGAAAACCGCAAUAAAAUCUUUAAAAAAUAUCAAAUUAAAGAAUUUUUUUUAAGGGCUACCGUAAGAUUUCCGUGGAGCGCACUAUCCAUAAACUGCUCAUUAUUAUUUUUUUUUUUUUUUUUUUUUUCAAUUCAUUUCGAAGCUAUUUUUAGUUGGUUUUCGUUGAUAAAUUGAAAGAAAUAAUUAAAAAAAUAUAACAUUUCAGAAUGCCGAUACGUCAGGUUACACGAUAAUGUAAAUUACGUCGGCGCCGCGCUUGUUUUACGUGGGGAAGGCGAUUCAGCUGAGGUUUUCUUAUUUAUUUUAUACAUUUUUUUGUUUUUUCGGAAGAAUAUAAAGUUCUAGAGUUGUCAUUAUUUUUUUUCUAGUCUUGAUUUUUAGAAAAAUCUCUUCAAAAACCGAUUUUUCCGAUCUCUAAUCAAAAAAUGUUGAAAAACAGAUUUUAUCCCCAAUUUUUCAGGUUCUGCUGAUCCAAGAAGCCAAGAAAAGCUGCCGGGGCAAGUGAGUUGGAUUUUUCUCUCGAAAAAAUUUUUUUUUUAUUAAAAUUUGAUUUUUCAGAUGGUAUGUUCCAGCAGGACGGGUUGAAGCUGGCGAAACCUUGGAAGUGAGUGAAAAUAAAAAAAGAAACAUAAGAAUAGAAAAAAAUAUUAAAAAAAUCCAGAAAAAAAUUGAGUUUAAAAAAACAAUUCAGACCACGAAACUUAUCAAACUGACCACCCAAAAAAAAUUAUUUUUAAAAAUUUUUUUCCGAAACAGCAACCUCAUUUAAGAGCCAAAAAUCUAAAAAUCUUUCAUUUCGUAGAUUUUUUUGACAAAUGUGAGCCAUUCCGAAUGCGACCAGAAUAUUUCAAGGUUUUCGAUUCAAACCUCACCAGUGAGAGAAAAAGAGAGCGCAGACGAUCAGAUCAUCCCAAAAAAAAAAAAUUCAAAAAUGAAAAUACUUAAGGAAUCGGUGAAACGGGAAGUUCUGGAAGAAACGGGUUAUUCGUGUGACGUCAUCGAGCUAUUAUCAAUGCAGGUCCAAGGCUCCGGCUGGUACAGAUUCGCCUUCUUUUGUCGCGUCACAGGUCGGCUCCGCCCACUUUUUGUCGGCUAACAUGAGCAAUAUGAGAAUUUUUCAGGCGGUGAUUUGAAAACGACGCCUGAUAAUGAAUCGUUGUGCGCCGAGUGGUUCCCUAUCGCAGACGUUAAAUCGCACAAAAUGCCUUUGAGGUGGGCUAACAUGAGCAAUACUACGUUGUUAUGAGAAAUUUGAGUAAGGUUCAUUAGGUGUGUGGGAACUUAUAAACUAUUUUUGAGGGAUUUCAAAGAAAUUUUCAGUUUUAUUGAAUAAAUAAGCUGUAACAUGAGCAAUAAGUGGGUAGUAUGAGCGAUAACAAGCAUCAAGCCAUUCUCAGUGCGACCAACUGAAAGGUGCAGAGUUUUAUUUUCCAUCAAAAACUUUUUAAGAGAAUUUUAUUCCACAACCUGCGCUCUCUCGUUUUUACAGACUAUUUCUUUAAUCAGAGGGGUGAGAGAAAAGAGAGCGCAGACAGGCUAGAGCUUGAAGAAUGAAAAUUGUUUUUCAGAGGAAAAGAUUUCAUUCGGUUAGUGGAUGAAGCCGUGGAGUUCCGACGGAAUUUCAACGAAUCCAUGCCCAGAAUCCUACCCUUGAACAUCAACAUGCAGGGCCUUUUCAUGGAGUUCAUGAUCGUCAAGUACAAUCGGGACGAGUUAGUCAUUCUCUUUUUUGAAACAAAAAAAAAUCGUUCCGAAACCUAAAAAAUGUUAUUUGAAGAUAAAUGUGAAAUAGAUGAGGUUACUGUUUCAAGCUAACAUUUGAAAAAUUUUUUUUUUGGAAAAUUAGUCCGUGCUGUAAAUUUGCGAAUCACGACCUUUAUGAUAACUAGGACGUUAAUUUUCUUGUUUCCUCUUUUUGAACGUUUAAAAACUGUUCCGAAACCCGAGAAAUUUUAUAUCGAAUUAUUGAUUUGAAGCAAUUGGAAGAUAAAAGGGAAAUAAAUUAGAUUGCUGUUUCGAGUUUAUAUUUUGACUUAUAUUUAGACCGUAUUUUUAAUUGUCGCUUCUCACAGAUUGUCUCGUAAUUCAAUAAAUAUUCAAAUAUGGUUAAUAAAAAAUUGAGGGCCCCUCUAGGGACCACUAGUGACUUUUAAUUUAAAAUUUUGAUCUUCACACCGAUUUUUUAUAUUCACUAGGCAUUUUUUGACCGUUUUAUACCAUUUUGAACCAAUUUAUACUAUCUUGAACCAUUUUUAAAUCAUUUUGAACCAUUUUUGAACCAAUUUCAUAUCAUUUUGAACCAUUUCACACUAUUUUGAACCAUUUUUGAACCAUUUUUAUACCAUUUUUGAACCACUUUUAUAUCAUUUUGAACCAUUUCACGCCAUUUUGAACCAUUUUUAAACCAUUUUGAACCAUUUUUGAACCAUUUUUAUACCAUUUUUGAACCAAUUUGAACCAUUUUCAUACCAUUUUUACACCAUGUUAAAUCUUUCUUAUUCACUUUUUGAAACAGUUUUAUAACAAUUUUGACCUAUUUGAAAAACUUUCUACCAUUUUGAACCAUUUUUAUACCAUUUUGAACCAUUUUAUACCGUUUAUACCAUCAAAACCGAUCAAAAAACAUUACAGAACCCGGACAGAAGUCCUCGUCCAUAAAACAGUGAAGGAUGAAGAACAGCUCGCGGUUCACGACCAGCCAUUCCCAACCGUCGAAUUCGGAUUCGAAUAUUUCUUCGCCAUGGUCGUUUCCAAGUGCUACAGGGUUGGAUAGAGAAAUCUUCUGUCGGAAAAAUAUUGAACUAUUCUUCAGCAUCUUCUGGAAGAAGGGGCCAACGUCGUGUUCGCCCCAUCGCACGUCGUCCGGGUCAAAUGUCAUCCCAGGCCGAUGGAAAGUCUGGCCCAUGGGUUGGCCGUCCGCGUCUUCUGUCGCCAUAAGCAGACGUCCAAGGCGUUUAUUAGGAGUCCCAGGCGAGUUUUUCGGGUCUCGAAAGGAAGGUAUAAGGGUACUGUAGCUUCAGACAGAAUUUUGAUCUUGAAAGAGUUAUGUAGGGUGGUGUAAGGAUACUGUAGCUUCAGACAGAUUUUUGGGUCUUGAAAGAGUUAUGUAGGGUGGUUUAAGGGUACUAUACCUUUAGAAAAUUCCUACUGUAGCUUGAGACGAUUUUUUGGGUCUCGAAAGGAAGAGCUAUGGGUACUGUAGCUCCAGACAGAUUUUUGGGUCUCGAAAGAGUAAUGUAGGCAAGUGUAAGGGUACUGCAGCUUUAGAAAAUUCCUACUGUAGCUUCAGACUAUUUUUCGGGUCUUGAAAGGAAGAGCUAUGGGUACUGUAGCUUCAGAAAAAAAUUUUUGGUGCUAAAAGGAAGAUCUGAUCUAUGGGUACUGUAGCUUCAGACAGAUUUUUGGGUCUUGAAAGAGUCAUUUAGGAUGGUUUGAGGGUACUGCAGCUUUAGAAAAUUCCUACUGUAGCCUCAGACGAUUUUUCGGGUCUCGAAAGGAAGAUCUAUGGGUACUGUAGCUCUAGACAGAUUUUUGGGUCUCAAAAGAGUUAUAAAGAAUGAUAAUAGAAGGAUACUGUAACUUUAGAAAAAUCCAAGACGUUUAUUAGGAGUCCCAGGCGAGGUUUACGGGUCUCGAAAGGAAGAUAUAAGGAUACUGUAGCUCCGAAUUGACUUGAAGCCACAAGUUUUCGGCCUCGAAAAAGUAAUGCAGAAAGAUGAUACUGAAAGGAUAGUGUAGCGCCAAAAUGACAAAUUCAGAUACAGGUUUUUUCGGGUCUUGAAACGAAAAUCAAAGAGUACUGUAUCGGGCUCAAAGCGAAUUUACUGUAUGGCUCUAGGCAAUAGUAGUAAAAGUGGAAAGUUUUCAUUAGAAACUCCAGGCGUCCUUCGUACCUUUAAAAUAUGAGAAAGGGUACUGUAGCUUCAGAAAAAGCGCAGACUACAGUAACCAAAGUUGGAGCCUGUUAUCACAAGCUUUACUGUAGCUACAAGAUAGGUUACAGUAACCUAGUUCACGAGAAAUCUCAACUAUCAUAUUUUCGACUAAAAGCUUCUUUAUACGAAAUAUGUCGCUUGAAAAAAAAGAGUACUGUAACUACAGUAACCUUUAAACUCAUUUUUCCAGGUAUCACUGGAUUACGGUAGAAAACGAGGAAACGCGACGGAACCUACACAUGGACUCCAAGCAGUACCGCGCCUCUCUCCACAUGUUGUGA